UGACACGGCGAGUGUCAGCGAGUUCACAGACAGGAAAGACUGCAGUCGGUGGUCCAUAGGAGAGCGUUCCAUCUACAGCUACUAACAGUGCUACGGAGGAUUCUGCUUUGGCUCCCAAGGCCCAAACACAUUUUUGUGUGCAGACAUGCCAAACUGGGGAGGUGGGAACAAGUGUGAGGCCUGCCAGGGGAAGGUCUACCAUGCCGAGGAGGUCCAGUGUGAUGGGAAGAGCUUCCACAAGUGCUGCUUCCUCUGCAUGGUGUGCCGGAAAGGUCUGGACAGCACCACGCUGGCCAUCCACGACAAGGAGAUCUACUGCAAGUCCUGUUACGGGAAGAAGUACGGCCCCAAGGGCUACGGCUACGGUCAGGGGGCCGGGACCCUGAACAUGGACCGGGGAGAGAGGCUGGGGAUCAAGCCGGAGGAGACACAGAGCCACCGGCCCACCACCAACCCCAACCCCUCCAAGUUUGCCCAGAAGUUCGGAGGAUCGGAGAAGUGCGCCCGGUGCGGGGAGUCCGUGUACGCCGCUGAGAAGAUCGUGGGAGCGGGCAAGCCCUGGCACAAGAACUGCUUCCGGUGUGCAAAGUGUGGGAAGAGCCUGGAGUCCACCACGCAGACAGAGAAGGACGGAGAGAUCUACUGUAAAGCUUGUUACGCCAAGAACUUCGGGCCCAAAGGCUUCGGGUACGGGCAGGGGGCCGGCGCCCUGGUCCACGCCCAAUAACGGCGCCGCCAGCCGCCAUCACGAUGAGCCUCGCUCGGAGAGUCAUAGCUUUGUACAUUUCUUUAUUACUGUGAAACCCCUUUUUAAAGAAGUUUGUUUUUCCUUUUUGGAGUAUGCGUGGGGGAGAGGGAGGGAGGUAGCUGGGAUUUCUGUACAAAAAAGAUUUGAAAUUAAUAAAGCCGUUCUAAAGCGCAGAUUGGGUUGGAUUGUGAUAAGCAUUUGGACUCUGAGCUGCUACGUAACCCUGAAACGUGUCAAAACUCGGAGCGUGUCAUGCAGAUGCAUCUUUUUUUUCCUUCUCCUCUGGUCAUCAAUGUUUUUCAUUCACUUGUCCAAAUUAUGUGUCUAUAUUUGCAGCUGUCUUUUAUGGAGUGAAUACCUUUGAAACUUUCAGAACAGACUUUAAAUACAUCUAGAAGACUUGGGCCUUCACAACUUUAUAAUGUGUUAAUGACCGUGUGUUCAUAUGGUCAAUCUGUUUGUAUGAGAUAUUCCAAGGGCGAAGUGUAGAAUAUUAAACAUAACUUUGUUAUUUUUCGGAUGCAAUCGAAUACUGCAUUCAUUAAAAUAAAACAGGAAAUUGUGUUUCACAUUUAAACAUUUUUAUUAUGAAACCCAAUAAAAUUCUACCAUGCCCA